CCUACGUUUACAGGAAAGCUCUGGCAGUCCUUCCAUCGGUCCGUCACCUGGUCCUUGAUAGCAUUUUCAUUCCGUUGUCCACCUCCCAAUCAGCAAACAUCGUUACUCUGACUAUCAGUCAUGUCUACGUUGAUGGCGCAGGGUUUAGUAACUUCAUCAAUGCCUGUGACCACAUCCAGGAAUUAACCCUGGACCAAACACGGAUGGGCUGGAGCACGGACAUCACUUUAAUCCCAUCUCUCCAUACACUAUCCAUUUCCGUUUCCCCUAUACUCCCUGAUACCGGAAGGUUUCUUGACUAUUACAGGAUGCCUCAGCUCCAAUACUUUACACUGAGCAUGCCAUCCAUAUUGGGCGAUCAUCAUGAUGCCAUAGAAGAUCACCUGUACACGGUGCAGGAUUUCAUGAUGGACACCCCGACGAUCAGUGCCGUUACCCUGAAGAGUGGAAUUAGAAUCUUAUCUUAUGCCCUCAAAAUAUUAUGGACUCCUUCACCUUAUCUGGGACCCGAAACACUCCCCGGCGUCACGGACCUCACUAUUUCUGUUUGGAAGGACCUUGUUUGGUCUCCAGGGGACAUAACUCAGAUUCAAUGCCUGAUCAACGCUCGCUUGGAAGGCCCUCGGGCAAAGCUGAGGCCACUUCAGAGAUUAUCGGUACCACGUUUCAUAUUUGAGGAUGAUGCAGAUUGGAUUCGAGGUGAGGUGCCAGAGUUGGAACUGACUGAUUGAUAGUUGUGCUUUGAACGCAACUCCAAUUCGAGACAAGCUGAUCAAACGGCUCGCAACAGCCCCACCCUCUGCGGUAAGUGGGCCGCAGAGUUAACAUUCCGAGCACGCGGAAUUCCGCCCAAUGAAGGAGGACGGGAUUGAACUCAUCUUGUUAUUUUCAACUUUAUUUUUAUGUAUUUAUUCCGAGAACCCAUCGCGCUC